AUGCCGGGAAGAAACACGGUGGAGAAGAUUGCAAUGCAGUCUACAAUAAACCUUGAUGAAACAACUUUGGAAAAUGAUAAAGACAGUAUGAACCAAUCAUUUUCAGAAGCUGAAACCGACAACGAAAUGACACAAAAUCCGAAAGAUUCUACAGUUCAAGAGCUGAAUGCUGAGCUAAAUGAACUUUAUCAACAAUCAGUCUUCGAAGCAAAGAUCAGCGAAUUUGAGGACGAAGUAAAAAUUAAAUUGGCAAGCUUAAAAACAGACUUUGGACUUCCUCCAAACAGCAAUCCGUGGCAAACAAUCAAUGACUGCUGUUGAAGCCGAACGACUAACAGCAGAAAAUGCUAAUUUGAAACAAAAGCUGUGUCUGGCUGAACAACAAAACCAAGUCCAGUCCCAAGAAAUACUGAUUUUAAAAGAAGAAAAAGCGAGUCUCCUAACAUCACUUAGGCUCUGCUGUGGUGAUAACGCUUCGAAAGUCGAAACCAAACUGACAAAGUAAAGGCGAAAAGCAAAACGGGCAAGAAGAACGGUACGAAAAACAGUCCGAAGUCGAUUAAUGAACAAUCAAGCGAGACAGAACAACGUUAUUCGCCUCCAACCAACACAGCCAGCGGAAAAAAUUCUUCCAAUACCAUAGUUCUGCUAGGAGACUCAAUGGUGAAAAAUGUGCAGGGAUGGAACGUUGGCAAAGAGGUUAAACAGCGUUUCGUGGUUAAAUCAUUUUCGGGCGCGAAGGUUGAUGACAUGUAUCAUUAUGUUAAGUCCACGAUGCAAAAUGCCCCUGCUGAGAUAGCCAUCCACUGUGGAACAAAUUACCUCAGAUUCAAAGAGCCCAAAGCCAUCGCCGAGAGUUUGAUAAAUUUAGCUAAAGUCGUCCAAACGGAAUCAACUAAGGCUUCUAUCUCAGAACUCAUAACAAGAGCCGACGCCGACCUAAACGCCAAAGCUAAAGCCACCAACAAAGCCUUCAUGAAGCUAUGUCAUCAACAUGGAUAUGGCUAUAUAGCUCAUAGCAAAGUUGGUGUUAAGGAACUUAAUCGCGGAG